AUGUUCAGUGGCUCCUCGAGCCCACCCAAAGAUAGAUCCGACACAACAAUUGCCCGCUCCGGUGCUAUUGACACGCCGCCUCUAAGCAUUCGCACCGAGGAUUCCAACGUCACCCCCAAGAAAUUCUCUCCGCCAGGUGGUUUCUUCACACGGAGAACAAGUGAGGAUCAGGGCCCUGGCAGUGAGAAGAAGCGCCGCAGUAGCACAGUCACGAAAGCUGCCUCAUUCUUUACCAACGCCAAGAACUCCUUUAGCCUGUCAAGCAGCCCACGUGAGAAUUCCUUCAACAACUAUACCAUUCAAGAGCAGCCUGGCCUGGCAAAGUUUGGGAGCAUGGACCCUGCCUUGAGCGUUCCUCAAGGGUCAUUAAACAACUCUGCUGGUGAAUCGCAUCCCACUGCACGCUCGUCAUUCAGAGUCGGCGUCACAGAGGACCGCAAUCGAAAAUGUCGCCGGACUAUGGAAGAUACCCAUGCCUAUUUGUACAACUUCCUGGGGACUCCCGCACUCUCAGCCCAGGGUGAGACGGGCACGAAAGCGAUAGCCAUUCCUACUGGCCCUUCUCCCACAUCUGAGAAAUCAACCAGCGUGGUUGAAACCGACAAUGGAUACUUUGCCAUCUUUGACGGACAUGCAGGCACAUUUGCUGCUGAGUGGUGCGGAAAGAAGCUGCAUCUGAUCCUCGAAGAUGUAAUGCGCAAGAAUCCUAGCACUCCCGUUCCGGAGCUUCUCGAUCAGACAUUUACCAGCGUCGAUCAACAGCUGGAAAAGCUGCCUUUGAAGAACAGUGGAUGUACUGCCGUCAUUGCUCUGUUGAGAUGGGAAGACCGCGUACCCAGCUCGCAUUCCGCCACGGGGUCAUCAGCCCUCGCAUCCGCCGCCGCCGCCGCCGCCGCUAAAACCGAUACAGAUUCCGAUGAGGCGGGCGACACUCCUACCCAGGCUGCUGUCUCGAGUGCACUUCCCAAACUACAAGAGAAGGCGGCUCGUCAGCGCGUCCUCUACACUGCCAACGUUGGUGAUGCACGCAUUAUCUUGUGUCGCAAUGGCAAGGCUCUUCGUCUGUCCUACGAUCAUAAGGGCAGCGACGAGAACGAAGGAAAGCGGAUAGCAAACGCUGGAGGAUUGAUCCUGAACAAUCGCGUUAAUGGUGUUCUCGCUGUGACCAGAGCUUUGGGCGAUGCGUACCUGAAGGAUCUUGUAACCGGACACCCGUACACCACAGAGACCGUUAUACAGCCAGAGUCGGACGAGUUUAUCAUCUUGGCCUGCGACGGGCUUUGGGAUGUGUGCAGUGACCAGGAGGCUGUUGACCUCAUCCGGAAUGUGCCCGAUGCCCAGGAAGCGUCUAAGAUCUUGGUUGAUCACGCGCUUGCCCGCUUCAGCACUGACAAUCUCUCUUGCAUGGUUAUUCGCUUCGAUACGGAACGUGUCAAGGAUGUUGUCAACCGCACCGCUGAGCCCAUUGGCGUCGAAGGCGAUCGGGAAACUGAGCAUGGUGUCAGCGAGGCUGACAAGAUUGUUGAGUCAGCUCGAAAGAGUAUGGCCAAAGCUGGAAUUACAGACAAUCCGGAGAAGGCUGAGAAAGUCCAGGAAGAAAUUCUCGAGAAGAUGGCGAAUGAGCAACCCGAGCCUGCACCACCAGCGAAGGAAGACAACGCUGCCACAAUUGCGGAUAAGUUGAAAGUGCCUGAACCCAGAAAUCCAACUGCAUAAGUGCUCUGGAAUGGACUACGACGCGGUGUAUUGUUCUGCUUAAAGUCGAUAGAAGGACUGGGCUCUUGAACCCGGCCCGUUUUCUCGCUACAAAGGAGUUUAUGGUCGCUUCUGCUCCCUCUUCCGUUUUGACCGUUCAUCUUCUUUCUAACCAUGCGUCUCUGACGCCACUCGCGGGCUUCGUACUUUCUUGUUUUAUUCUUCUCUCUCGAUGGGCUAAGGAAAGGAGUCGCAACAACCCGUCCCCAAUCCCGUCUGCUUUUUUGCCUUCGUUUCCUCCCCCUUUCUACUUCCACUGG